AAAAAGGGAAUCAAGGAAACAAAAUGUCCAUUCCAGAGAAUAGAAUUUAUUUUGGUAGAGGACAUAGGCAAUCAAGGUGUUGUUUAGGGAUUAACAUGUGAAAAUAUAAUUGCUAUUUUUAAAAACAAGCAGUAUAUGAUGAAGAUCCAUGGUUUCAUAUGAAAGACCCUUUUUCAUCUUCUUGGUACAUGGCAUUGCUGUAUUUGUCAACUUAAUUUGUCAAUUUAAAAAAAUAAUUUUUAAAAGAAAAAAAAAUAAGAUAAUAUGGUUAUAUUUAGAAUUGUUGUUAUUCAGUUAUGGAAUUGAUUCCCUACUUUUCCUGACUUCAUUUAAGAUUUUCUUGGUAAAGACUCUAGAGAGGUUUGCCAUUUCUUUCUCUAGCUCAUUUUUCAGAUGAGAAAAUGGAAGUAAACAGGGUUAAGUGACUUCUUCAAAGUCACACAGCUAAUUGUCUGAGGGCCUAUUUUGAACCCUUAAAGAUGAGUCGUCCUGACUCUAGACCUCAUGCUCUAUCCACUGCCCCAAUAUUUGGAAACCCUAAUAGAAAUACAAAAUUAUUGAUAAAAUUUAUGAAAACAACAACAAGGCAGUCUACUUAUAGACAAAUCAAGACUCUAAACUCCAUCUGGAUCACAGACUUCAUUAGAAGAGAUAUUAGAGGUCAAAUAAUUCAUUCCUUCUAAGUCUCAGAGUACUACAUAAGUAGAAUGUUGUAGAUUCCUAAUAUAUGAAUCAAAAAAAAACCAACCAGUUUUUCCACUGUAUGAUGCUGAUCUUGUUCAUUAGGAUUCACAAGACUUGCUGUAUGGGACUAAGUAUGCAUAUCUGAAGGGCAUUAAAAAUUCAUUCACAUACAUUAAUUUAGAAUAUUUUUCCAUGGUUACAAGAUUCAUGUUCUUUCCCUCCCCUUCCCCAUCCCCCUCCAGUCGCCAACAUGCAAUUCCAUUGGAUUUUACAUGUAUUAUUGUUGCAACAGAGUGAACGUUUAGUCUACAUCCCCAGUCAUAUCCCUCUCGACCUGACCCAGGUGGUCAAGCAGUUGUUUUUCUUCUGUGUUUCUACUCCCCCAGUUCUUCCUCUAUCGGACAGCAUUCUUUCUCAUAAAUCCCUCAGAAUUAAUCCUGCAUCACUGCAUUGCUGCUAGUAGAGAAGUCCAUUACAUUUGAUUGUGCCACAGUGUAUCUGCCUCUGUGUAUAAGGUUCUCCUGGUUCUGCUCCUCUCGCUCUGCAUCAAUUCCUGGAGGUCAUUCCAGUUUGCACCAUACACAUACAUUAGAAAUAAUCCCAAAGCUGCCUCAAAGUUCCACCAUUAAGGAGUAAUUCCUUUGGAUUAAAGGGAUUGGGUCACAGUAUCACGGAUUUAGAGCUGGAAAAGACCUUAAUGUGUAUUCUAACCCAAUUUACAUGACAACAGGAAACAGAAGCCCAGAGAGGCUGACUUGUCCAAUGUCACAUAGGUAGUAAGUGAAAGAUAUAGGAUCUGAAGUUAAAUCUGAUUUCAAACCCAGCAUUAUUUCCAUGUACACUGCAGUGUAAAGGGGUAAAGUGGGCAGACAUGCUUACUGGGAAUCAGGACACCUGGAUUCUAGUCUAGGCGUGGACAUACUUUUCCUGUGUGCUCUGGCCCAAUUUUGUUUGAUUCUUGAGGGUGUGAGGACCGUGGAAGCAGGGGAUAGGAAUGGGAAUGCCAAUAUUGGCUGGAUACACAGAAAAGUAAAAUAGAGCCACUGCCCAGGAGGGGCUCACAAUCUCAUGGGGGAGGGAGGGACAACACGCAAAUAACGAUGUACAAACAAGCUAUAUACGGGACAGCAGAGAGAAGGCACUGGAGCUGAGACAAGACCUAACUCUGGGCUGACUCGGGCUCCUGGACGCCACCACCAACAAGGGAAGGGUCCCUUUCCCCCUUGCCGCCACCCACAGCCCGCCCCGCUCUGUGACGCCAGCAGACCGCCCUUACACAGUACCCUCUAUGACAUCGGGGUCAAGGGUUCCGGGCUUGGGCAUCUCUAGGGGAUUUCUACACUCAGGUUCACGGGUGGGCCGUCAGGGUAGGAGUGGGAGGAGGCUGUUCUGGGUCUUCUCAGGGUGGGUGACGGGGAGGUCCCCGGGCCCAGGCCCGGGCAGGGUGUAAGGACGGGUCUGGGGCAAGCAUCAUGCGGCGAAGCCCCCGGCCCGGGUCGGCUGCAACCCCGCAUAAACACAACCCAGAUUUCUACAGCGACCGGAGCAAUAGCUCCGUGAGCGCCACAUCCCGGGACAGCGGCUCCCGCAGGGGCAGCCGGAGGUCAUUGGCAGGCUGGAAGCUGUCUACCGAUUCGUGCGCCCCGCAGCAGGGCGGAGCCAGCAGUCUAUGGCUGAGCACCGCAGCGACAGCCGCAGCAGCGGGAGCAGCGGGAGCAGCAGUGGAGUCCUGCAGCCUCCUCCUGCCAUCCUCAGAGCUUUCGGGAAACCGGCCAGUCCAGCAGCAAACAAGGACCACGAAGACCGUCGUCCUCCAGACGCUGAGAUUUUUUCCCGCCGUGUUUGGUGAGAUCCUGGGAGCCUUCUGCAGGGAGGUGCGUUCUCUCCGCUUCCUGAUUACAGCCUCGCUGUUCUUCUGUCUCUUCGCGGCUGCCAUAUGGGGUGCAUUUCUAUAUUUUACCCCUGUCUGGGAUGAGGAGACCAGGGAGUUCCUGACUCUGAGGGGUUGCCCCUUGUCCCCUGCUCCCUCCCAUGCUCCUGCUUCCUGUUCCCUGCCUGCUCUUUGCUCUCUAUCCCCCGCCACCCCCCGCAGUGAAUACCAUGAGAAGGUCCAUUCCCAAGGGCUGCAGCUGCAACAACUUCAAGCAGAGCUUGACAAACUCCACACAGAUGUGUCCAGCAUUCGAGCAGCCAACAGUGAGAGGGUGGCCCAGCUUGUGUUCCAGAGACUGAAUGAAGAUUUUGUGCAAAAACCUGACUAUGCGCUGAGUUCUGUGGGAGCUUCCAUCGAUCUGGACAAGACAUCACAUGACUAUGAGGACAGGGACACAGCUUAUUUCUGGAAUCGGUUCAGUUUCUGGAAUUAUGCCAAGCCCCCCACAGUCAUCCUGGAGCCCGAUGUCUUCCCUGGGAAUUGCUGGGCUUUCAAGGGGGCCAAGGGCCAGGUGGUCAUCCGGCUGCCCGGCCGAGUUCAACUAAGUGACAUCACCUUGCAGCACCCCCCACCGAGCGUGGCUCACUCUGGAGGUGCUAGCAGUGCCCCCCGGGAUUUUGCUGUCUUUGGCCUCCAGGGUGAUGACAAGACUGAAGUUUUCUUGGGAAGAUUCAUCUUUGAUGUGGAAAAAUCAGAGAUUCAGACAUUCCAUCUGAAGAAUGAGCCCCCCAUCGCCUUCCCAAAGGUGAAGAUACAGAUACUGAGCAACUGGGGACACCCACGUUUCACUUGCUUAUACCGAGUUCGGGCCCAUGGGCUUCGGAGUCAUGAUGGGCACGGUGAGGAUAGCAGGACUAAGGGAGAAAGAAAUGGGGCAUCUGAAACUACUACUCCUCAUUAAAUCUCCUGCUGAUUGCAUAUGAACAGUUUCAGGGAUCUCUUCAUGGGAAGCCAGGGACUGAAAGGAAAGGGUCUGUGGGCAUCAAUAAAGUACUCAAUGUCUGA